CGGGGCGGGUCGCGCGUCGCCGGGCCCGCCGUCGGGCCGCGCAGGGGCCGAACCGGGGCGGCCUGAGGCCCGAGUGCUGCGGGCGGGCGCCCAUGGCCGGAGCCGCCAUGGCCGAGCCGGGCGGCGGGCCGCCUCCCGCGCCUGGCACGGAGGGGCUGCCGCGCGCCUUCCUGCAGAGCUUGCGCACGCUCUUCGACAUUCUGGACGACCGGCGGCGCGGCCUCGUACACCUGCGGGAGAUCGAGUCCCGCUGGCGGGGCGCAGACGCGCGCGAGCUGCCCCGCGGCGUGCUCGAGGGCCUGCGCCAGGUGGCCCCAGCCAGCGGAUACUUAACCUUCGAGCGCUUCGUGGCCGGCCUGCGCACCGCGCUGCCGAGCGCCGACGGCGGCACGCGGGGCCCCGCACGCGCCCCGGCCCGGGAAGGCUGCUCGGCGCGGCCCGGGGGCCAGCCGCUGCCCCCGCGCCUGGUGUUCUCGCCGGCCGACGAGCCGCGGACCGUCCUGGAGAGAAAGCCCCUGCCCCUGGGCGCGCGCCCCGCGCCUGCUGCCCCCGGCGUCGCGAGUCGGAACCUGGAGAAGCCGUGCGGCCCGGCGGAGGCGGCGGCCGGUCCGGCGGAGCCCGAGCGGCCCCGGGGCGCGGCGCUGGAGCGGAGCCCGAGCAAGGACACUGGAGCAGUGACCUGCAGGGCCCAGGAACUCGGCACGGGGGACGCCCACUGGGGGCCCCGUGCCCGAGGGGAACGGCGGAGGCACACCAUCACCAACGGCGUGGACUGUGCCCUGCUGAAGCAGAUGAGGGAGCUGCAGCAGGAGCAGGAAGUGCUGCUGCAGGGUCUGGAGAUGAUGGCGCGGGGCCGGGAGUGGUACCAGCAGCAGCUGCAGCAGCUGCAGGAGCGCCAGCACCGCCUGGGCCAGAGCAGGGCUAGCUCGGACCUCGGGGCUGAGGGCAGCCCCCGCCUGCUGGGGCAGCUGCUGCCCAAGGUGCAGGAGGUGGCCCGGUGCCUGGGGGAGCUUCUGGCCGCGGCCUGUGCUGCCAGGGCUCUGCCCUCGUCCUCCUCGGGGCCCCCUGGUCCUGUGUCACUCUCGGCCCCCAACUGGCAGCAGCAGACCAUCCUCAUGCUGAAGGAGCAGAACCGGCUCCUGACCCAGGAGGUGACCGACAAGAGUGAGCGGAUCACACAGCUGGAGCAGGAGAAGUCUGCCCUCAUCAAGCAGCUGUUUGAGGCCCGAGCCCUCAGCCAGCAGGACGCCGGGCCCCUGGACUCCACCUUCAUGUAGCCAGCCCCGGGCACAGACAUGGGACAUUGCCGCCUGGCCAGUCUCUCAGGUCCGGGCAGGGGGGCACUCUCUUGGCCCCUCUCUGAGGCAGAGGUGCCUGGACACCUGUCUGGACAUGGCCUCCCUCCUCCCUUCUGGUCUGGGCUGGCUGAGUGGGAGACGCCAUCGUGCCGGCGCCCAGCCUGGAGCCGCUGUCGGGGAGGGGACGCCGCCCUCAGCAGCUCUGGGCCUGCUCCCGUGUUCUGCUGGCCUGUGUCCCCUCCGCCUCUCCAGUCCGCGGCCCUGCUCACCCUGCACUGCUAACUGGCCUUGGAGCCUGCAUUUGGGUGUCUCGGAUGGGGCCCGGAGUAGGUGGGGUCCUCGGGUGGGACACCUCAGACCCAGUGGUGAUUGGCCCCGAGGGUCCACGGACACAUUUCCUUCCUCAGGACUAGGGGUCCGACCUCAGCCAGGAGUCCAGGGGCUUCUACUGGUGUCCAGUUCCAGGGGAGCCCGGGGCGCAGUGUUCAGGGUUCGCUGGAUUCCUGCCUGAGCCAGAGCUGGCCUGCUUUCUCUUCCUCGCAGACCUUAGACGCUAGGCAAACAGGCUGGCGGUCACCCCUGCUGGCCCGGGCUCCACUGAGCAAACAGUGCCCCUUCUCGGGCCUGCCGAGUAGCCAGGCCAGGGCCGUGGGCACCAGCACGGCAUAGGGUGCCCUCCAUGGGCAGUGCCCUGUCCUCAGGGUGGUGGUACCCUCUGGCGUGUCCCAGGAAGUCCUGGAGACCCAGCAGCCUUAGCAGCACCCCCACCAGAUGCACGCUUCCCAGGGAAUGACGGGCCUGGGUCUGGGUCCGAGGAAUGGGGGCCUGAAGGACUCAGGAACAGCCUGGCAGCGGGUCCCGCCGGGGUCAUUUGUUGCCUGUGCCCCCACGCCCGGCCCGCUCUCGGGGAGACAGACCACCUGCUCAGCUGGCCUGUAGCCACCCUGGCAGGGGCUCCGAGCGCCCCCAGGGCCCUCCCCUGGAGCUGAGGGCAUCCAGGCUUGGCAGGUAGGCCGUGUGGUCGGGCCUGGUCGGGCACUUACAGAGCCGGGAUCUGAGGGCUGACUGCACAGCCUCACUUGCCUGGGGGUGGCAGCCUGCCCAGAGAGCAGGGGUCCGGGGUGCUGCGCCCACGGGGCCCAGCUCUGCCUGUGCCAGCUGGAGCCCUCCCCAACACCAGCAGCCAGUGGAGGAAGGUGGUUGUCUCAGGUCCGGCAUGCAGGCUACUUGACCUUGACCUGGGCAGGUUCCCUGGGAUGUGAGGCAGAAGGGGAGCUGGACCCGAAGGGCGGCACCAGGUCUUCAGCAUCUUAGCCAUGCGGUGACUGGACCAGGGCCCACCAGGACCACCCAGAGGCUGCCCCUCUCCUGGUUUCUGCGGUCGUCCCCCUCUGCCAGCCCUUGACCAGAGCCCCUGCACCAGCUCAGGCCCUGAGCCCCUCACUAGGAGUCUGCUUAAUUCCAGAACUGAAAACAGCCCUCCCCAGCUCCGAAUCCUUCCUCCACCCACGCGUGACUCCACCAGGCGGGGGGCCAUCCCAGCUCUGGGCUCUGGGGAGCUCCCUCCCCGCCUUCACCUGAUCUGCUCCUGCCCAGCCCUGCCCGAGCCUGUGGGGGCUGGAACAGCAGAGGUGGCAGCCUUUGUCCUGAGGAGCUCUGCGUCCCUGCUGAGAGCUCGGUGUUCACCCCAGGGGUACCACCAACUGCAGGCUGUCCCUUCAGUUGCAGGGUGAGUGGGAGAAACCACUGACUUGCAGAGAGGCCUUUAGUGAUGAUGCUGGCCGUCCACACAGGACAGAAGAUGUGCCCUCCUUAUUUGCAGCCUGCACUGAGGCAGCCUGUGCCGCCUUGGAGACCCCAAGGGGAGAGCUGUGAGUGCCUGCAGGCUGGCGAGCCCAGGCGGCUGGCAGAAGCAAAACAGCUUUCCAGAGCAGCGAGUGUGAGCCACACAGGGGCAGCGCCGGGGGCGGGGUAGUCUUGGGGCCUGCCCGCGCCCUGGAGGAGGUUUAGCAGCGUCUGUCCACUAGAUGCCAGCAACACUCAGUGCGACACCCGCGCUGGGAGUGGGGGGGUGAGGCUACCCUUGGCUGAGCAUCUGUGCCAGAGUGGUGCGGCUCCACCAGGCCUCGAGAUUCCCUGUGGACUAAGUGCCAAGGACAGGGAGUGUCUCCAGUUUAAAACCUGCUCACAAGGGAAGGAGCCACUGAGAGCCAGGAGAAAACAGAUUCUGUGGCCAUUUCAGAUACCAGGACGGUCAGAGAAGAUGCCGAUGUUUCGUGUAGCUGGAGAAAUAAAAGAUGCUUGAAAACACAAA